UGCUGUUCCGUGGACGAAAUAAUUAUGAGGGAAAAGAGAGGAGAGGAGACGAACCCAACCAAAAUUUCUGCAAAUCUUCUUCAACAAUCAACCAUCCAUUUGGUUCCGCACUAUGAGCACCGUUGUUCCUCCAUAUUCGUUAUGGCGCUCCGGCGACGCCAUUUCCAGGUUCAACGCUUCUCCUCAUGGAACUUCACUUCUUAAUCCCAAGUUUCUUCGCUCAAACCACCCUCGUGCGGCUCUUGUUGAGGCCAGACCUAGGGCUCUGCCUGCGGUUAACGGCGAUACCUCCCUGCCGACUCAACUGGUUUUGGCUGUCGAUCGGACUGAUGAUUUGCAGGCGGAGGCCAGGGCGAUGGCGCGUGCUGCUAACGCUCCUUUCUACAGUCCGGACCUUAUUGCCAAUACGUACGGUUCUCGCCCAAUUGAGAUAUUGCGGAGGUCUCUGCAAAUUUUGGUUGCGCUUAGUUCUUUUGGCAUCAAAUUGUGGUUGGACAAAAACAGUGGCCAACUCGAUCAAAAUAAAAGGCGGCGUGCUGCUGAGCUGCGACGAAUUUUUACUCGAUUAGGUCCUACUUUCGUGAAAUUAGGCCAGGGAUUGUCCACCAGGCCAGACAUCUGCCCUCCCGAGUACCUUGAGGAGCUUUCUGAACUCCAAGAUGGUCUACCAACCUUCCCAGAUGCAGAAGCAUUUUUGUGCAUUGAGAAGGAGCUGGGACUAUCGCUUGAUUCCAUUUUCUCGUCAAUAUCCCCAUCUCCCAUUGCGGCUGCCAGCUUGGGUCAAGUUUACAAAGCCAGACUCAAGCAAUCUGGUAAAGUGGUUGCCGUAAAGGUUCAGCGCCCGAACAUUGAAGAAGCUAUAGGACUAGAUUUCUACCUGAUAAGGAGCUUAGGCUUUCUCAUUAAUAAAUAUGUCGACUUCAUCUCAAGUGAUGUCGUUGCUCUUAUAGAUGAAUUUGCUCGCAGAGUUUAUCAAGAGCUUAACUAUGUACAGGAAGGACAGAAUGCUAGGAGGUUUAAGAAAUUAUAUGCUGACAAGGAAGAUGUCCUUGUCCCAGACAUAUUUUGGGAUUAUACAAGUAGUAAGGUUUUGACGAUGGAGUGGGUUGAUGGUGUGAAAUUAAAUGAGCAGGAAGCCAUUGAGAGACAGGGGCUGAAGGUUUUGGAUCUGGUGAAUACCGGCAUACAGUGCAGCCUCAGACAGCUACUCGAAUAUGGAUACUUUCAUGCAGAUCCUCAUCCCGGUAAUCUGUUGGCGACACCGGAGGGAAAACUUGCCUUUCUUGAUUUUGGAAUGAUGAGUGAGACUCCAGAAGAAGCAAGAUGCGCAAUUAUUGGGCACGUUGUUCACAUGGUUAAUCGAGAUUAUGAAGCUAUGGCUCGUGAUUAUUACGCUUUAGACUUCUUGUCACCUGAGACUGAUGUUUCUCCAAUUGUGCCAGUUCUUAGGAAUUUCUUUGACGACACUCUUAAUGCAACUGUGAGUGAACUUAACUUCAAAACAAUAGUAGAUGGUUUGGGUGCAGUAUUUUAUCAAUAUCCAUUCAAUGUGCCAGCAUACUACGCGUUAAUUUUGAGAUCGCUCACAGUAUUGGAAGGGUUAGCACUGUAUGCUGAUCCAAAUUUCAAAGUUCUGGCUGCUUCAUAUCCAUAUUUUGCUAAAAGGCUUCUGACAGAUCCAAAUCCUUAUCUGAGAGAUGCUCUUAUCGAGUUGCUCUUCAAGGAUGGGAAGUUUAGAUGGAGUAGACUUGAAAACCUGUUGCUUCAGGGAAGAAAAGACAGAGACUUCUCUGUAAAAGAAGCUCUACAGCCUGUUCUGAAGCUCUUAUUGGGUCCAGAUGGCGAGGGACUCCGAGCCUUAGCUGUUAAGGAAGCGAUUCGUGUGACUGAAGCUUUUGUUUUGGGGACAGUAAACGAUACGUAUAAUUCUAUGCCUGAUUUUAUGAGACUUAUAGUAUUUAGGGAUAGCGCUUCUCGUACUCUCGGGAUGAGCAAUGAAGAACAAGAAAGCAUGAUAGAGCUUCGAGAUCAGGUACUGAGGAUAUGGAGACUACUUCAAUCUUCUGAAAAUUUUGAUCCUGCCCUUUUGCAACCCAUAGUGCAGGUCCUACAACAGCCCGAGGCUCGCAGCCUUGGAGGCCGCAUUUUCAGCGGGAUUACGCAGCGUCUUGCUGCACGGUUGCUGCAGCAAGUACUUCGAGCUUCAACAACAGUGUCUGCUUCAACUGGGUAACCAUUAUUGAUGGAGUUGUAAGUUUUUCAUCAGCUGGUUCAUGUGGCUUUAUUAAUUUCUUCGAUAUUCUAUAAUAUAAGUGCUAAUAUACUCGCCAUGUUGUUACAUCAAUAGUGAUAUACCAAAAAGAAAUCAAUGAUACCAUUCAUUUUGUCUUAUGUAUUG